AUGUGGAACUACAUGUUUGGCGGAAGCCAGACCCAGAAGAAGGAGCUGCCCAAAAAGGCGAUAGUGGAACUCCGUGAGCAUAUCGCUAUGCUCAACAAGAAGGAGGCUCAUUUGGAACAACAGAUCUCGGAGCAGGACGGAAUAGCACGUAAGAACGUCUCCACCAACAAGGCCGUGGCCAAGAAUGCCAUCAAGAGAAAGAAGACCUUUGAGGCUAAUCUCGUGAAGAUCCAGGCCCAGAUAGACUCCCUGGAAUCGCAGUUGACUGCGAUUGAAUCGGCCAACCUGAAUCUGGAGACCAUGCGUGCGAUGAAACAGGGAGCCAAGGCUAUGAAGCAAAUACACGGCGAUUUCAACGUUGACAAGGUGGAUGCUACAAUGGAUGAAAUCAGAGAGCAAGUCGAGCUCAGUGAGGAAAUUUCGGAUGCAAUUUCGAGACCUCUCGGUGCUGAGGUUGAUGAGGACGAACUGGAUGAAGAAUUGGCUGCUCUGCAGCAGGAGGAGUUGGACAACAAGAUGAUCGACUCGGUGUCUACGCCAGCCAAGAAGCUGCCAGAUGUCAGCGGAGUGCCCAAAUUGCCUGCAGUGGCUACAAAGGUUGAGGAGGACGACGAGGACGAGGAGGCACUACGGGCUCUACAGGCGGAAAUGGGGUUGUGA